CUAGCCUUGCUAAAUUCUUUGUAUCCUUGAACUAUUUUAGUUUUUGUUUAUUAGAGAUACUUGAUUCUUGUACCUAUGUGUUCAUUACUCUUAAAAUUUGUUAUAAUUACCAUUCACAAUACAAAAGAAAACUAUAAUCUUUUGAAAGUUUUAUGAUUGUGGGCCAAAGUCAAGAUUUUAUAGACAACAUAAGUGGCCACUGCCAAGAAUAAUUAGGCGUAGAAGACAAUAGCAAGUGUUAGAAGUUAAGACAAAAUAAUGGCACAGUACAAUAGACGAGAUAUAACUUAUAGCGCGCUUAACAACGAACUAACUCCACCGUUGGGAAGAUCUGCGCAAGAUGCAAAUGCAACUCCUACUAUGAUCACUCUGGACCACGAACAUGAUGAUACCACCAAUGUUAUCAUUCACAAAGUUCCAAAAACGAAAGGUGGUUGGACACAUAUUGAAGACCUUGAUUCAUUCUUUACAAGAAUGUAUAAAUAUUAUGUCCGUGGUGGUUUUUAUCCCAUGAUUAUGUCCGAUCUAUUUUAUCUUUUACAAUUUAUAUUUAUUGUAUGGUUCUCAACUUUUUUAGUCCAUUGUGUAGAUUAUCCAAGGUUGUUCAGAAAUGAUGCAAAUGCAAAUCGAAGUGAGAAACUAUCCCUUAGUGAUGUAAUUUACCCUACAUCAGAAUGUGUAAAUAGAAUAUCAUGGAAAUGGUGGUGUGUUAUAACAUUAUGUACAAUUAUAUGGUUCAUGCGAUUGUUUUUAUCAAUAUACCAUUUAUAUCAUGCAUAUGAUACGAAAUUAUUUUAUAGUAGCGCUUUGAAAUUAAAUGAGAAUGAUUUAGCAUGGAUAAAUUGGUCAACAGUUCAGGAUAGAGUAAGGGAAGCGCAACCGGAACAUCACAUGUGUGUUCAUAAACAAGAAAUCAACGAAUUAGAUAUAUAUCAUAGAAUACUCAGGUUCGAUAACUAUAUGGUUGCAAUGGUUAAUAAGAAUCUACUACCUCUGCAAAUUCAUGUGCCUUUUUGUGGUGAUUUUCAUUACUUGUCCAGAGGUUUAAAAUGGAAUUUGGAAUUUCUUCUGUUCUCUAGUCCAUGGAGCCCUUGGGAGAAUUGCUGGCAACUUCGUGAAUGUUAUAAAGAUCAUUCCAAACGAAUGAUACUUGCCAGACAACUUGAUAGACAGAUAUUGGUUUUGGCGUUUGUUAACUUCUUGCUAGCGCCACUUAUUCAGGGCUGGCAGAUACUUUACUUCUUCUUCAAUUAUGCAGAGUUGAUAAAGCGAUCUCCCGCGUCCCUCGGACUACGUACGUGGUCGUUGUAUGCUCGCGUCACUUUGCGUCAUUUCAACGAGUUGGAACACGAACUGCGUGAUAGACUCAAUAGAGCUCAUAAGCCCGCAACUAAGUACCUAGCGAGCUUCUCAUCUCCUAUCACUACUGUUGUUGCCAAAAACAUUGUGUUUCUGUCGGCGAGUGUUCUCGGCGUGUUGGUGGUGCUUUCCGUCUAUGAUGAAGAUGUUCUCACUGUGGAACAUGUACUUACUAUAAUCACCAUAUUGGGUUGCGUGUUGGCCGGAGCAAGAGCUUUGAUAGGAGAAGAGGAGCGUUUAGGUGGUGGAUGUACAGGUCCAGCUCGUGGCGAGGAGUUGUUUGUGCAAGUGUUGGGACAUGUCCACUAUUUGCCAGCGGCGUGGCGCGGUCGAGCUCACACUAAAGAUGUUGCAGCACAUUUCCAACAGCUCUUCCAAUUCAGAGCAGUGUACAUUUUGUUCGAGCUACUGAGUCCGCUCUUGUCACCGUUUGUGUUACUCUCGCUUAGAUCACGUGCCCUAGAUAUUGUUGAUUUCUAUCGAAAUUUCACUGUCAGUGUGCUGGGAAUUGGUGAUGUGUGUUCCUUCGCUCAGCUUGACAUCAGACGUCACGGUCAUCCGGAUUGGCAAGCAGCUGGUAAAUACGGUGAAAAAGUAACUACUGGCAACGCUCAGUAUAACCAAGGUGAGGGUGGUAAAACUGAGUUGUCUUUGGUUGCAUUCUCCUGUCGUCACCCCGGUUGGCAACCGAGUGAGCCUGCACAACGCCAGUUCCUACGCUCUCUGCGACAAAGCAUGCAUCAUGCUAUACCAACCAAUAAUGCUUUGAAUAAAACAAUGCUCGGCUCCUAUAUCCAGCAGAGUAUUUUCGGCACCAAUACUCCGCUGCCCGCAGUACUGUCUUAUUACCAACAACAAAAGCAACCCUACAGGUUACCUGACAUGGAUGAGACCAGUGAUGAAGAUGAGUGUACAUCAGCAUCUGUAUCGAGGAAUGUAGGGUCCGGUAUGUCCGCGAUGGGUAACCCUGACUCCGGGGUUUCGAUUCCGGGACCCCUGAACCGGUUUGACCCAAACACCGCACUGCUCGCCUCCCCCGAUGAAGCCAGAGAUAUGUCAGUCAGCACGCUGCAUCUGUAUGACUUGCAUCUGUCACAGGCCGGCCAAAGUGUAUCAGCGUGUUGUACAAAGAACUGCAGCGAACGUAAUCGCAGCGAAUCCCGUUGGGCGUCCGGAGAAGAGACGCCUCUACUCCAUCGUCCUUAACAAAGACACCACAAAGUCGACCCCAAAGCCAAGCCUGUGUGGAUUUAAACACAUGUUAAACCUCAUCGGUAUCUACAACGUCAAUUAAAUCUACCAAAUUUACAUCACGAAAUAUGUUCAUAAAUAUUUGAUUUUUGGUGUUCAUAAAUCAUGUUAAUCAUGAAAUCGUUACCAAUCUGUCUUCCCUUUAACCCCCCAUUUUCGAUUUUU